UGAAAAAUACUCCGCAGUGCAAACCGACCUACUGACAUUACCGGUACACAAUGUUCCGCAAAGUCCGCCGCCAGUGGCUGUGCCUCCCCAUUUUGGUCACCUUUAUGUUCAGUUCGCUCCUGCUCAUGAGAGACGAGCCCGUGCGAGUGCUGGUCGUGAGCACAGAGACACCCAAACACGUGACCAAGUCCAUGGCCCAGUUGGGCCGAAUGGACGAGAUCAACAAAUUUGUGCUCCUUCUGAACCCAGUGCCGAACUGUGGCGGCGAAAUUUUGGUGUUUCUCUUGCAGAAGAUGCAAGGGCUGAACAAUUACAGGCACGUGAGGCUCAAAGGGGGCGGUGUCCGGAGGCUCAACGGGAGGCAACAGGAGGAAUUCGUGGACAAACUAUACAGGGUGAUGCGCGAAGAAGCCGUCCCUUUGAGCUUCGAUCGCCAAUUACUUUUCGUCAAUUUCACAACGUACGAUAAACAAUCACCCACUUACAUCAACAUCGUUCGAGAGCCGGCCGAUAAGGCAAUAUCGAGGUCAUUUUACAACAAUAAAAACACAGAUAGCGAUCUUAUCGCCUGUCUUGCGAAGGGUAAAGGCAACUGCGAAGGGCGCAAAGUAAACCCGUACCAAUUGACCAUUCCCUACUUCUGCGGCCACGACCCGAAGUGCAUGCUGGACAACCAGUGGGCCCUUCAAACUGCCAAAAACAACGUCGAGAAAUACUACCCUGUCGUGGGCGUUUUGGAGGAGUUGAACGCAACUCUGGAGGUGCUAGAGAAUGAAAUUCCCUAUUUCUUUAAAGGGGUGCAAGGGGUUUAUAGGAAGAAAAUGAUCAGUCGGUUCAACCGGAGGAAAACCAGCCAACCGGUCACCAAAACCCGGAAACAACUCCACCGGAUUUUAGCCACGGAGUAUGACUUCUACUAUUGGGUCAAACGGCGGUUGUUCAACCAGCGGCAAUUGUUUAAAUAAAAUAACCAAAGACUCGAUUAAUUUCAUUUUUUGACCAAAUCUGGCGAAAAUUUAGAAUCAACUAAAUCAUUUUUUAUAGUUUUGAAAAAAUUUAAAAAAUGGUAAAUGGUUGAAUUUACCUUUUUUAUAAAUACCUUAGGAAGGAUAGGGGUAACUAAGGUUUGAAUAAAAAACCAAAGACUCUUAUUUUUAUUGUAUUUUUUUCACGUUAGCAAUUCAAGCUGGAGUAGAAAAAAAUCAUGUUGACAUAUAAAUAAACCAUGACACAGACGGUCACAGUCAUUGUUAA